UCCAAGAGCUUACCAGGAUUUGACAUGAGCAGGCUCCAUUAGAUAGGAUUUUUUUAAAGAGGGGCUGGGGGGGAUGACAGAGAGGUAUUGUUAUGCUUCCAGCCAUAAGCCAACCUCCACGUGAAGAAGUUAGUAAGAAACUUCCCAGUGGCUGAGUUAUUCCAUAUUUUCAUAUCACCUGGAUUCUAACCCAUUUUGCUGCAGCAUUUGUUCCUGUACGCUGUUGGUAAUCACAUAUUGUGCUGGAUGAGCUCCUGUCUGAAUUGGACUGGCAAUUCCUCAUUGCUCUGCCUCCCAGAGAGGGGGUGUAGACGAUAGAAAAUCCAUGCACCACACCUCCAAUGGCUUGGGUAGCUCACAGCAAAAAUGGCCAAUGACACGGAUGUUUGGAUCCUUCAGUGGUGAAAGGUCCCGUUUGUCCUCAUUUUUCCUCUUCGCUUUGCAAGAUUUCUGAUCCCUUGUUGAAUAAACCCACAAUAUUUGAACUCACAAAGAAGCAGUUCAUGUUUACACUGCAGCUGAAAGCAAGCCUCCCAAGCCAGGUAAAGAGACUCGCUACUUCAAACAGAGCUAGCAUGCUAAAAAUCACUGUAGAUGUUGUGGCAUGGGUGGAGGCUCAGGCUAGCUGGGGAGGCUUGGAUUUGAGUAGCUAACCUAUGCUGUAAUGUUCACACUGCUGGUUUUAUGUGCUCGCUCUGAACUAGUGUGAGUCUGUUUAGCUGGGCUGGGACUCACAGACUCUUAGCUGUUCUCUGCACACCCUUUCCACUCCCACAGAAAUAUUGGCAUAGGCUUCCCUUACACACCCUGUAAUCAAGCCCCUUGCCAUUCUAGUGACGCUGUAAUCUGGUAGGAAGAUAUGGAGUCGGAGCUGCUAGGGGAGAUGCCUGUGUGCUCCCCGGCAGAGCCAGUGCACUGGCAGUUCCUGACUCUGCUGGACACUGUGGGCAGGCGGAAUGGACAGGUGCUAGUGAUGGAGAUGGAUGAUGUACAUGAGGCAGCCCCGCUUGUGCAGAUGGACUUCGCCCAGGAGCUCUUCAGAGGCAUCGACCUAAAGACCAAACUCCACCGGAAGAAGGAAAUCAAGGAGGAAGAGCAGGAGGUGCAUCCACAGCUGGUCUUCAUGCUCUGGCAAGCUGCCACGCUGAGGCAGCUGAUGCAGUGGGAACACCUGGAUGAAACACUCUGGAACUUACGGAAUCUCUUUCCCUGCAUGCCAGCUGUUCUGGUAUUGGUGAUGAUCCAGCCAGACCUGCAGCACCAGCAGGUGGAACCAGAACCGGCAGCAGGGGCACUAAGGAGAAUGCAGUGCUUGCUGGAUGGUGGCUUCCAGGAACUGGUGGUAGAAGCAGCUGUUUACAGCCCAGGCCAGCCAGAUGGGACCCUGGAGGUCAAGAGAGCUGCCUGCAGAGCCCUGAGAGAAGUUCUGAAGGGCCAAGAAGAAAUGACUCCCCAGGAUCCAGUUACCAUCCGGCUCGGCUUGGGGGUGUGCAACACAGGAUACGAAAGACGGUAUGAGGACAGGCUCCCUUAGGACGCAUUGCAAUGUGCCUGGAAGGUCCUGUAUCCAGCUAAGAUCUGAACUGCCACCAAAAUAAAAAACCAAAACCAAAACAAACCCUACACAAGAAAGAAACUCCACACAUUAAAAUUUGGAGUUUAUUCUCUGUUUGCAUGCCUGUGUGUAUGUAUAAACUUCAAACCAUUUAUCACUUAGAGCAGGACAAACAAAACGCCCUGGGACAGUUUUCAUGUGAGGAAUUCUGUAAUGACACUGGGCUCGUCUUUAUAUUUAUAGCUGCUUAAAUAUUUAUUUUAAACCCUUGACAUCAAAAAUUAAAUAUUUUUUUAAA